CGACGGGAAGAGCCGGGCUCCGGCCAUGGCGGCGCCGGGCGCGCUGCUGGUGAUGGGCGUGAGCGGCUCGGGGAAUAUUUGUCAGCUUAACCUGGAAGGAGACUGCGUUAAUAUGGAGGGUGGCUCCUGAGAGUUUGGAAAGCAAGGAGAGAAUUGUGGAAACCACACAGAUCCACCGUGGGCGCUCUGCUGGCAUCUGAGCUGGGGUGGAAAUUCUAUGAUGCUGAUGACUAUCACUCGGAGGAAAAUCGAAGGAAGAUGGGAGAAGGGAUACCGCUCAAUGACCAGAAUCCAACGAGUCUAAGACUGAAGAUAUGGGUCACAGCUGGGCUGGCACCAACACAGCUCCUGGUUGCCCUGGUAACCGGUCCCCACCCUCCUCACACUGCCCCCAUGCUACCGAGGACCGGAUUCCAUGGCUCUGUAAAUUGCAUGACAUUUUACUAAGAGAUGUAGCCUCGGGACAGCAUGUGGUUCUAGCCUGUUCAGCCCUGAAGAAAAUGUACAGAGACAUAUUAACACAAGGAAAAGAUGGUGCAGCUCCGAAGUGCAAGGAGUCGGGAAGGGAAGCAAAGUGGGCUAAGAUACAGCUCCUGGUGGUCCAUCUGAGUGGGUCAUUUGAGGUCAUCUCUGAACGCUUACUCAAAAGACAGGGACAUUUUAUGCCCCCUGAAUUAUUGCAGUCCCAGUUCGAGACUCUAGAGCCCCCGGCAGCUCCAGAAAAGUUUAUCCAAAUAAGUGUGAACAAAAAUGUUUCUGAGAUAAUUGCUACAAUUAUGGAAACCCUGAAAAUGAAGUGAGAAUGAUUUUGUAUCAGUGGUCCAGACAGAAUUGAGUAUACGUCCUUGUGCCAUCCAAAACCUCAUUCCAGCCUCCUUGCCCAUAUUAUAUUCUAAAUUUUUCUUAAGGCAAACAAAACCCAAUGUGUCAAGACAGAUUUGUUUGGGUGUAAUUUUAGGAAUUAUCCUGGUUCAUCGGGAAGCAGAGGGGGAGUUUUAAAAGUCAAAGCUUAAAUUGAAGUUGUUCAUCUGUAACCCAACUGGAUGAUCAGAGGAAAUUCUGUAAUUGAUGCUGAAAAUCAUUACAUUGUUUAGAACAUUCUUGCUCAUGCCUAUAUUUGCACAAGUAAAUGAAACUUGGCUGUUCUUGGCCUCCCCUGGAAA